AUGGAGGAGGGCGAGUACGAGUCGGUUCUGUGUGUCAAGCCGGAGGUCCAUGUCUACCGCAUCCCGCCGAGGGCCACCAACCGCGGCUACAGGGCUGCGGAGUGGCAGCUGGACCAGCCGUCAUGGAGUGGCCGGCUGCGGAUCACUGCCAAAGGGCAGGUGGCCUACAUCAAGCUGGAGGACAGGACCUCAGGGGAACUCUUUGCUCAGGCUCCUGUGGACCAGUUUCCUGGCACAGCCGUGGAGAGCGUGACGGAUUCCAGCAGGUACUUCGUCAUCCGCGUCGAAGAUGAAAAUGGACGACGGGCGUUCAUCGGACUUGGCUUUGGGGACCGAGGUGAUGCCUUUGACUUCAACGUGGCAUUGCAGGACCAUUUCAAGUGGGUGAAACAGCAAUUUGAAUUUGCAAAACAAGCCCAGAACCCAGACCAAGGCCCCAAAUUGGACCUAGGCUUCAAGGAAGGCCAGACCAUCAAGCUCAACAUUGCGAACAUGAAGAAGAAGGAAGGAGCAGCCGGGACUCCCCGAGCACGGCCCGCCAGCACAGGCGGACUGAGCCUGCUGCCCCCUCCCCCAGGGGCGAAGCCCUCCACCCUCAUCCCUCCCCCUGGGGAGCAGUUGUCUGUAGAGGGGUCCCUCGCCCAGCCAGCAGUUGCUCCCAGUUCAGGAGGCGCCACUGUGUCCUGGCCGCAGCCCACGCCUGCUACGACUGCCACUGCCGACAUCUGGGGAGACUUUGCAAAAUCCACAGGGGCAACUUCCAGCCAGACUCAGCCAGGCACAGACUGGGUCCAGUUCUGA